CGCGCAGCACGCAGGUGCGUCUCGCGGCGGCGAUUUCAAAUCGUUCAGCGUUUCACCGUAAACAGUAUGUUGGAGUUCGUCUCGCUAAAUGUAUCAGAGUAGCCGACGGUCUCCACAUUUCAGUUUAGUUUCAUUUUUCCAACUGUUCAAACCUGAACAGUGAUGAACAAACAGAGCUACGAUGGAAGAGUGGAGGGACCGAUCAAUUUCAAAGCUCUGAGAGCCAAAUUUCAGGAAGAAACUCUCCUGGCUCAAUCCAAAACUAGUCGGCCAGCUGUUGCAGAGAAACCCAAACACCUACCUCCUCCUGCAGGUCACUGCACCUCCGUGGUUAGCAGUGUUAAUUUUGUUGUGGAAAACAAGACAGUGGUGGUUCCUCAGGUCAUCUUCAGAGAUGGGCUGCGGGCAUCUGGAGGCAAGCGACCAAUUUCUUUUCCACCGCAGCCUCAGCAGACCUCCCCUUCAUCCCGGCUUACUAAUGGAGACGGCACAACAAGGCAGUCCCUCAAAGACCGACACAUGCCUCUGGUGCUUCCUGUCCUGCCUGUAAAAGAGCAGAAGAUAGAACUGACAGCCAAAAAUGAGCACAACCUAGAACCAGAGCCAGGGAAAGAAGUUGUGUCACAAACUAAAAUCAAGAAGAAAUGUUUGCUGCUUCCUUUCAAGUCAGCAAAAGCAUCAAAAGUCUGUGUAGACAAUGGAGAUGAGCCGACGUAUGCUGAUUUGACAACCAGACCUUCCAGUGCUCCUGGCGAGUUUUCUUUUGAAAAACAACCUACAGAGGAUGGGAUUUCUGUCCAAAGUGACCAGUCGACAGCUGAGUUACCCCUCUCCAGCCCAGAUAUCCCAGUCACCCCUCCUUCUGGAGAGACAAUUGUUGACUCUGACAACAAAAUUAUUAGCACCUUGGAGAAGGCCAAGAAGAAGUUUUCACGCAAGCAGAUGUUGAUUUCUACCAAACCUAAGAGUUUGCGCUCCCCCGACUACGUCUUGAGGGACAAGGCGUUCCCUCUGCCACCAAAGAACAUCGAAAGUGUUGAGCCUGAGCCACCCAUACCUCUACCAGUGUGCCUUCCACGCCUGGCUUGUAUUUCAGCCCGGCCUUUCUUCAAAGCUAACAACUCUGCACGCAAGUCUGUGUUGGAUAAGCAGUUUGGAAAGGACAAAACGCAACUUCCCUCUGUCAGGACUGGUGAAGCUCAUCCACCCUGUGCUCCUCCAAAGAAGCCUCUACCUGAUUUGAGAUUGCUGGGGCCAUUGCCACCAAAGCCCUCCAGACCUCCAUUAGUGGAUCUCAGCUGUUACCACCUGUCCACAGUAAACGCGAUUUCACCUGGUCUUAGCCAAGCACCAAGUGAAGAGCCAGAGUCUGAGCAUCCAUCAUCUGUACUAGAUGCUCCAGAGGUUCCAGAAUUUGAGAAUUUGGAGAUGGAAACAGCAGAAGGUGAAGCUGUUGACAUUGGUGCACUUGACCUGGAGGCAUUAGACUUAGUCAGCAUUGACCUUCCUGUACCAGGCGACAGUGGGCUCAUGGAUUUUGAGGAUCCACUACCUGACUGGGCAGCAUGUGAACCCCUCAUGAGCACUACCAUCCAAGAUCUGAACCUUGGCAGUCAAAACGUAAUACCUCUUGAUCCGGCCUGCUUCCCUGAACCAAUAAACCUUUCAGAGUUCCCAGAGCCUGCUGUACCAGAGCUGUGGUCUCAGAGUGAGGAGGUGAGCAUAGAUCUUGUGUCUAACUCUCAAGCUGAUGAGACUGAUCUAGGAGCUGCUGAGUCUGCUGCACAGGAAGCAGACAAUGGUAACCUUGCAGCACUGGAGAAUGAGACUCAGCCACAUCCAAGUGUACAUCAGCAGGGCAGUUAUUAUGAGGCAUGCGAUAAUGUGUAUGAGGAUGUCGAGAACAUCAACAAAGUCAUGUUGGGCCAGAACUCACGUAAACGUAAAGGUGGACUGAAGAAUCCAUAUGCUGACCACCACCCUCUGAAGGAGGAGGCGUGUCUUAACAUACGACCACGGAAUCCAUGGGGCGUUGUAUCAGGAGAACAUGUUCAUUUGGCCCAUAAUCAUGUCCUCAGUAAAGAAUGCCAAAGCCCUAACGCUUCAGACCAUAAAGAACAGAAGAAGAGGGAGAAGCAGCGCCUGGAGAAGGAGAAAAAGGAGCAAAAAGAAAGGGAGAAGAAGGAAAAUGAAAUGAAAAAGAAGUUUAAAGUGACUGGUGAAGAGGAGCCCAUGUACCAUGCCCGGGUGAUGGUGGCCAGCAAGGUUCGCAAAAAUGACCUGCCUGUGAAGAGCGGGGACACAGUCAGCAUCAUCCGCACCACCAGCUGCCCCAAAGGCAAAUGGUUGGCCCGAGACGCCAACCACAAGUAUGGUUAUAUUUCAGUCAUGAAUGUGGAACUAAAUAUCAAGGAGAUGCUGGAACUUGGCAAGAAGGCCCAAGCAGCUGGACGAGGAGGCAACCUGGAGGGAGAUACCAUCAGCAUUGGGAGCAGAUCCUCUAGCCACCCUGUACUAACAAGCAGUUUCACAGAUGACAGCGAGGAGUGGGCAUGUGAAGAUGAGACUCUCUCACCCUCCAAUGAAAGCCAUAGCUUCCCACAGCAGACUGCAUCAGUUCCCGAGAUGUCAAGUGGUCAUGUCAGUGCCCAGCACAAUGUGAGUGAUGCCAACAUGGAGGACCUACACACGCAGACCAGACAUGAGGCCCUGCAGAAACUAGCCAUCUUCUUUCAACAGAGCAAAGAUGAACUUGGUGGUAUCCCUGAUAGUGGGGAUAAUGGAGCAACCCCUACAAAUGCCGAGCCACCAAACUUCUUGUGUGCUGUCGAGGAGCCCCCAUAUCCUGAACAGGAGGUUGACUUCACAGAGCUGGAGCUCUUUCCUCCCCCACCAUUAUAUGCUGACACCUUCUAAUCACAACAUUGGGUAAAAUGGAGACUGUCGGCAUGAAAAACUGCACAGUUCUCUUUUGGGAUUUGAUAUCAGGAAGAAUAUCAUGUCAUGGAGAUGAGUUUACAGUGGAACUGAGGAUGUUUUUUACUCUGUGGAGAAAAGAAACCAUCAUAAAUGGACCUGCUGGUGUGUACUAUAAUUUUGAUUUCUGAUUUUUGUUCUUGAUAAUGAUACACUUUCACAUUGUGUUCUACACUUUUCUUUUUCCUUGUCUCCUUGCCUUUUCCUUGUUACUGCUAAUCGAGCGCACACUGAAGCGCGUUGCACUUUAUUCAACAAGAACGACAAUGAUAAAAAGUAGCUGGCUGUUCACUUGUAGUAACUCACAUCCAAGGGUUUGUUUGUGAAUAUGUUCAGUGGUUUCUCCUUUGUUUCUAUGUCACGUCUAAUAAAUAUUUGUCAUUGA